AGCAACAGAUGAUUAUCAAAAGUUAGGUCGGGCGGUUUAUUUACAGCUGUGAUGUGUAUCACUUUAAAAAGUGCAGUAUUUUGUUCAUAUUUAUAGUAGCUAUUACAAUGGAUUUCGAUUCUAUCCUAGAUGAUGAUCUUGAGAUCUUGGAGGUUAAACUUCAAAAUAAUACAAAAUUGGAUUCUCCUAUGGAUGGUGAACCCAUGACAGAUGUAAAAAAACCACCUGAAAAAAAUAAUCCAGUGGAGGAACAUCUACUAAAACAGUUGAAUUCUGCUGUUGAGCAAAUCGAUGUAGCUAGAAACAAUAUUUCUACCAUUGAAGAUGUAACCAGCAGUAUUAUAAAACAUUUGACAUCACAGUCUGCUUAUAGAGAAGAUCCAGACACAGAUUCUGAAGAUGAAAUGUACAGUAGUACAGGUGAACCAGUAAAGAAAAAGAAAAAAAACACUCUACAUGAAAAGAAACAAGUUUUGAACGUAUUGAAUACCUUGCAGAGAGUCGUUGGUGAUAAAUGGAUCAUAGAAGUUAUAUUAAAAAGUAAUACCACCUGCGUUCUGAAAAAUCCGACCAUGUACAUUUGCACGAAGGACAAAUCUCGAAAUUCUUGGCACGGCUUGACGGCGUUUUGGAUGCUGGUCGACGACACUUACUGGUAUCCGUCCGAGGAGGUCAAUCCCGAGGAGCACAUCGUCGCCACGACUGUUCUCAGCUUGCCGAAUUUCCUCAACGUGUCCAGCAUCGAGGCGAACGGCACGAUUUUCUGCGAGUUUGACGACAAAUUAUUCCAGACGAGGCUGCCCGUUAUAAGAUUGGACGUGCAGGAUACCGUGAACGGUAGAUGCGCGAUUGAUCUGGAUGAUCCCCAGGAUGCUCCUUUUAGUAUAUUGGCUUUAAAAGCGAUUUCGGUGGACAGAGUCGUUUUACUGCCGGUACAGACGAACUCCAACACCGGAAAACGACUGAUUGAUUUUCUCGACAAGUACAACUUCAAGGAGGUUUGCAAAGUUUGCAUUGUUCGCGACGCCGGUUCGCUGCAGUACUGCCUGAUCGAGGUUCUGCCGGCCGAGGAUACUACGGACAUCAGGCUCUUGAUAUCUGCCAGGUCCGAAGCGCAAUUGUCGGUGGUCGUGCAACUGAUGAUCGAGGCCUUUCCGGAACUGCUCGACGUGGAAAAGCAGCAAGCUUUGGACGAAGCGGCGGAAGCACUCAGAAAGGAGAUGGAACUCUACUUGACGUGCAACGAUACGGUGCAGAUACAGAGGGCUCGGGUCACAACUGACCUUCUUAUACCUUGACUGAUGUUAUAAGCUAUUGAUUAGUUUAAGAAACAAAAAACUUACAAGACUGUGUAAAUAAAAGUUUCAUAUUUUAAGAUUUUUAUAAAAACAAAAAUCAUGUUGAUUAAAAUAAGAAUUGAAGGAAGAAUAAAGCCAAUGAA